AUGGAUAUAGUUGAACAAGAAAAUCAAAGUCUCAGGGAGGAGGUUGCCACUUUACGAGAGGGAAUGGAUAGGUUGACGACCAUGAUGAGUGCACUCCUGUCAGCCCAGAACUCUCAAGCUGCCGCCGCUGCUGUAGAGCAGCCUUUGGUGAGCACAACCCCGCUAUCUACAGUGACUUCUCCACCCCUCUUUUUGCCUCCAGGUUGUACAUGGGGAAUGCCACCUCCAGUCUGUGGAAGCUCCCAGCCCGCUGUAUCUGAAGUUCCACCUCCUUUUGCUCAGCAGUCAGCACCGGUUCCGCAACCCGGUACCUCUUUCCCUCAAGCUGCAAUGACUUAUUCAGCUCCACUGAUUCACACUAUUCAACAAGAGGUUGAACCAAUUUUCCAAGCUGAAAAUGUUGUAGCUUUCGACAAGAUGGAAGAACUCCAAGAAAGAUUUGAUGGUAUGCAAAGGGAAGUCGAAGCCCUCCGAGGAAGAGGUCUGUUCGGAAAGGACGCCUGUGAAUUAUGCUUGGUCCCAAAUGUUACUAUCCCUCACAAGUUCAAGGUGCCAGACUUCGAGAAGUAUAAAGGAAACUCUUGUCCCCGCAGUCACUUGGUGAUGUACGCGCGGAAAAUGUCCAUGUAUACUGACAAUCAGAAGCUGCUUAUUCAUUUCUUUCAGGACAGCCUGACUGGGGCCGCUCUGAAAUGGUAUAUGAAUUUGGACAGUGCGAGCAUUCGUACUUUCAAUGACCUGGGUGAAGCGUUCAUCCGGCAGUAUAAGUACAAUCUGGACAUGGCCCCAGAUCGUGAUCAACUCCGUGCGAUGACACAAAAAGAGAAGGAAACGUUCAAGGAGUAUGCCCAGCGUUGGAGGGAAGUGGCUGCCCAGAUUGUCCCGCCGUUGGAAGAAAAGGAAAUGACCAAAAUAUUUCUGAAGACCCUGAGCCAGUUUUAUUACGAGAAAAUGGUUGCAAGUGCACCAACAGACUUCACCGAAAUGGUCAACAUGGGGGUACGAUUAGAGGAAGGUGUCCGAGAGGGACGUCUGACUGGGGAAAGUGCCCCUGCCGCAAGCAAUGCCAAGAAAUUUGGAGGCCACUUUGCGAAGAAGAAAGAUCAAGAGGUGGGAAUGGUAGCUCAUGGUAAGCCUCAGCAGAAUUUCACCCCAUAUCGUCAGGUUGCGAAUGCCGCAUCCACUAUCCCAAACCCAUCAUAUCACCAACAAAGGCCACAUUACCCCUACCCAUACCCUCCACAACAAUACCCUCCACAACCAUACCCUCCACAACAAUACCCUCCACAGCAAUACCAUCAGCCACAAUACCCUCAAAAACAACAAAAUCGCCCGCAGACCCCCCAACAACCAUAUCACUCACAAAACCGCCAGAAAACAACCUUUGAUCCAAUCCCGAUGAAAUAUGCUGACUUACUCCCCGCCCUGCUCGCCAAAAACCUUGUCCAGGUCAGAACACCCCCUCGUACACCAGAUGUUUUACCUCCCUGGUUUCGUCAUGAUUUAACCUGCGCUUUCCACCAAGGGGCCCCAGGUCAUGACGUUGAAAACUGCUAUGUCCUGAAGAAUGAAGUGCAAAAACUAGUCCGGGCCAACUUGCUAUCCUUCAAAGAUCAGAAUCCCAAUGUUCAGGCGAACCCUCUGCCGAACCAUGGACCUGCUGUCAACAUGAUACAAGAUUGUGAUGAAGACGGUGUCAUCCUAAACGUCCAGCACGUUCGAACUCCCCUGGUCCCAAUACAUAUCAAGAUGUGCGAGGCAGCUCUGUUUGACCAUGAUCAUGCAGCGUGUGAAAUAUGUCCUGUGAAUGUAAAAGGAUGCCCGAAGGUACAAGAGGACGUACAAGGGUUGAUAGACAGCAGAGAACUUAUCAUCACGAGGAAGGACAAAGAAGUGUGCAUCAUCACCCCCGAGUUUCAGCGGUUGGAAAUAAGCUAUAACAGUGGGGAAUCAACUACUACUCCACUGGUGAUUAGCUUGCCAGGACCUAUGCCGUAUGCUUCUCUAAAAGCGGUCCCUUACAAGUAUAGUGCCACGAUGUUGGAAGGUGGGCAGGAGGUGCCUUUGCCCUCUCUAACUCCUGCGAUUUCUGUGGACAACAUUGCUAGUGACGGUAAAGUUCUAAGGAAUGGACGUGUUAUCCCCACAUUGUUUGCAAAGAAAGUGAAUGAUCCGGCAGUUAAACAGGCGACAGUGAAUGGCCCCGGUACAAGGAAGGAAGUAGGCCAAUCCAAUGGGACUAGCAAGAAUUCUGAUCAUGACGAAAUUCUGAAACUGAUCCAGAAGAGUGAGUAUAAAGUAGUAGACCAGCUGUUGCAAACUCCCUCUAAGAUAUCCAUUUUGUCUCUGCUAUUGAACUCAGAAGCACACCGUGAGGCUCUAAUGAAGGUGUUGGACCAAGCUUUUGUAGAGAGGGACGUGACUGUUAAUCAAUUGGACAGUAUAGUAGGAAACAUUACUGCCUGCAAUAAUUUAAGUUUUAGUGAUGAAGAGCUUCCUGAGGAGGGGAGGAACCACAAUCUGGCGUUACAUAUAUCGGUGAACUGCAAGUCAGAUGCUCUGUCGAAUGUACUUGUGGACACUGGUUCCUCAUUGAAUGUAAUGGCCAAAUCCACAUUAGAUCAACUUUCCUACCGGGGGCCUCCCAUGAGAAGAAGCGGGGUGGUUGUCAAAGCGUUUGAUGGAUCAAGAAAGUCUGUUAUCGGGGAGGUUGAUUUGCCCAUUACAAUUGGGCCGUUUGUUUUCCAAAUUACAUUCCAGGUGAUGGAUAUCCAAGCCGCAUACAGUUGCCUUUUGGGUAGGCCGUGGAUCCAUGAAGCGGGGGCCGUGACAUCCACUUUGCAUCAAAAGCUGAAGUUUGUCAGAAAUGGGAGUUUGAUCACUGUGAGCGGAGAGGAAGCCUUGUUGGUUAGUCAUUUGUCAGUUUUUUCCUUUAUUGGUGCUGAUGAAACAGAAGGAACCUCUUUCCAAGGCCUGACUGUAGAGGGUAAAAAGCCAGAGAAGAAUGAAGUAUCUUUUGCUACUUGGAAGAGCGCACAGAAAGUGGUGCAGGAAGGAACAGGUGUAGGAUGGGGAAAAGUUGUGCAGUUGUUAGAGAGUAAAAACCGCGAAGGACUGGGAUUUGCUUCUUCUGCAGGAUCCGCAACGAACAGUGUUGGAUCAAGCUCCAUUACUAGCACCUUUUGUAGCGCCGGGUUCAUCAACAACUCGCCAGAAGCCAAUGCUGUCUUGGAAGACGUUCCUGAAGAGAGAGUACUUGCAUUUGUCACACCUGGAAAACUUGUCCGCAACUGGGACGCGGUUGACAUCCCUUCAGUAGUUCAUGCAUCAAAGUAA